AUGCGGAUCAUUUGCCCGAAUUGUGGCGAGGAGCCACAGAAGGGUCAGCGGCAUGUCUGCAAGACAGACGAUGCAAGCUUGGGAUUGGAGGCCUCCGGCGAUGGCCCUGUGGGGCCUCUGCUGCAGAGGAGCCAUGUGGCGGCAAAGAGCCAGCGACGGACGGUUCCCUGUGCGACAGCCAGCUCCAUGUGUGCUUCCAUCGCAUCGCUGGCAUCGAAAAAUCCGGGGCUCUGGAAGUCCAGCCGGACGCUGGCCAGAUGUGGUGGCGAAGACUUCGUGGCGGCCCUCAUUUUCACAGUGGCGGGGCUGCCGACCUGGAGCCGCGAUCCGAAGCGCACGUUGCUCGCUGCUUUGUGCGGGAAUGUGGCCCAUGAGGCGGCUAAAGCGCUGCAGAACUUCUGGCGCCAAAGACGUCGACGCACUGUUUCUGUCUACCAGCCUCGACCCCCCAAAGAGCCGGCAAACGGCUACAGCGCCUACCGCUUGGACAAGGCCUCCACGCACCAUGGGAGCUUCCCCACGCCCAAGGCCGCGCCGAAGGUUUAUUUCCAGGAGGGGGAGGCACGCCGCGGAUGGGCGCAACAAAGCGUUGGCAGUGAGAAGAACAGCACUGCUCCGGCACCGGGGGUGGCGAAGAAGUCGAACCCGAGGCCGGUUCAGAGCCGCGCAGUUCCGGUGAACCCUCUUCAAGCCAUGAAGAACCGCCUUGCGCAGCAGCAGCAGGAUGCCGAAGACCGGCGCUUGCAUGGGCUGCAGCAAGCGGAAGAUGUGCGCUUGGCACGUAACGGCGUGCCGGAAACAGACUCGCGAGCGCUGCAAGGCACAGGGCCUGGCAGCUGGUCCUCCCAUCACUUCGAGAAACCAGAGGAGGCCUGGGACGAAGUCGGCGAGAAAACUCCAGCUCCUCCGGCACUGCUACCUGCACCCAAGGAGCCCACCAUGCCGAUCAUCGCAUCGGGGCAGUACGAGCCAGGCCAUUCCGUUCUGGCUACAAGGGACCUUGCGCCUGCAGCUGUAGAGAUCCCGGAUGACAAGGAGCCUUCAGCGGCUUCUCCUCCUCCUCCGGCACCUGCAGCUUUGGGUGAAAGCAUGCCGACACCCCUGGAGCGACGGCAGAUGCGGCAGUUGGCGGCCAAUUCAUCGUCGCCCUCGCCGCGAGAAGCUGUGUCCGAGGGCGCGACACCAGCAGGCAGCACACCCACUACGUGCUUGGCCGCAACAGAACGCCUUCGGGACCGAUUAAAGCAGCGCGAGGGAUCAGGAAGGACUGGCGAAAGGACCCGUUCGGUACCCGACGCUUCGUCGAUGGUAAACUGGCAGGAGCGUAUCGAGCUCCGGCACAAGGAGGCUGAGGAGCAGCAGGUCCACGAAAGAGAGGAGAAGCAGCGGCUAGCUCCGGAAGGUCUCGGCUGGCAGAAGAUGGACAGCGUGCCCCCAUGGAAGCCCCACACAGGGAGCAUCGCAGCCCCCUUGUCUGAUGGCAGCAUGCUGUUGAUCGGUGGGCAGGCAGGAAGGCACGGUGGCGGCCAUUUCGAUUGCUUUAACUGCACCAGCGACGUGUGGCAAUUUAGGCAUCAGAAGGCCGAGUGGAUUGACCACUCCAAGGAUGUCCCGUGGGAUCCUCGUUGGGGCCACUCCGUUGUCACUCAGGCUGACGACACGGUGUGGCUCUUCUUCGGCUGCUGCGAGAAAGGGAAGCCCACUGUGAUGUUGCGUGACGUUUGGAGCUUUAACCCAAUGAAAGGUUCGGCCUGGCGGAAGAUUGAGUCGCCGCCUCCCUUCGAAGGGAUUCAGGCGACAUCUGCAGCCUUAACAGGCUCCGACGUCUGGUUCGUCGGCGGCUGGUCGCAGCAACGCGGCACGCUGUCGCAGGUGGUAGUCUUCAACCUGGAGACGCUGAAGUGGACCAUGAAGAGCCCGCAUGGGGCUGCUCCAUGGGACUCGCGGGCAGAUCACGCAACUGCCAUCUCUCCAGAUGGCAAAUGGCUCGUUAUGUUCGGAGGGCAACAUGCCAAAGAGGGCGGCAGGAAAUGGAACCGCUGUGAAGACACCUGGCGCGUGCCUCUUCCCAGUGCCAAACCCUCAGAAUGGGUACGUCUGGGAAACCUCGCGGCCGCACGCAGCUCUCCCGGCGUUUUUGUCCUCCACACUGGUUGGCUGAUGACAUUGGGAGGCCACUGGACUCCCGAGACAGAGCUCCUCACUGCGAAGGGGCCUGAAGACAAGGACGGCGUGGCAAAGCACCACGAGGAGACGGAGUUCCGCACCUACAGUGAAUUCAUGCUUCAAGGUCUGGGCUAUACAGGGUCGAGUCGGAUGUCCUGGCUCUCAACCUGA